AAAGCGAGAAGUAAGAGAAAAGAAAAAAGCGCAACACCAAGAUGACGACCAAGGCUAUGCAGAGAGGAUUUAAGCUGAUUCUGGGUUCUCAGUCGAUGGCGAGAAAGAGGAUUCUGGCUGAAAUGGGAUAUGAUUACACUAUCGUGACUGCAGACAUUGAUGAGAAAGCUAUUAGGACAGAGAAACCCGAAGAUUUGGUUGUGGCUCUUGCUGAAGCCAAGGCAAAUGAGAUUAUAUCGAAAUUGGGAGGUGAGAGCCAGUUUGCACAAGAUCCUCAACCGACUCUGUUGAUUACUGCAGACACUGUUGUUGUGUACAAAGGUGUUAUUAGAGAAAAACCAACCACUAAAGAAGAAGCUCGUGAAUUUAUCAAAGGCUAUUCCGGGUCACACGGAGGCGUUGUGGGAUCUGUUCUUGUAAGGAACUUGAAAACUGGAGUUAGAAGAGGAGGAUGGGACAAAGCAGAGGUUUAUUUCCAUGAGAUACCAGAACAAGUCAUCGAUGAUCUUAUUGAUGAUGCAAUAACGUAUAAGGUUGCUGGAGGUUUAACCCUGGAGCAUCCCCUCAUUUCACCCUUUAUCGAUUCUGUGGUGGGAGGAGUUGAUACAGUCAUGGGACUUCCUAAAGAACUCACAGAAAAAUUCAUCAGCGAUGUGUUGUAGCUCUAUCCCCUUUUGAUUAUGUAGGAAGGCUUAGACUAAUACUUUUGAAUCUCUCUAGACUCUAAUCAAUCUCAUUUAUAUUGUAACUCCGGGUAAAACACACAGAUUUACCGUAUCAUGAUUCUAGGUAUUGAUGAUGUUUUCGGAUUUUAAACUCAUGAAUCAAUUGAAAUGUGCCAG